CCAAUCUCAUCCUCCAAUUCGGGUGUACCUAGAAGGCUAAUAUUGCAGUUGCGUUCCUCCGACCCACAUCACGAACAAGGAAGUACUUAUAUCUGCUGCGCUUGCAUUAAUCAAAUUUUUAUAUCUAUCCAAGUUUCCCCCAACUUUUGUCUGUAUCUUAAUUCAUUACAUCACUACAUCAUGUCAAGCCCUGCCCAGAGCGUCAACUCCUCCAAGUGUGGUCGUCCACCCAACUCCGCUUACAUAGAAUUGAUGAAGCCCAACGAAGACUGGAGAACCAUGGAAGAUGCUACAGAAAGGAGAAGAGUUCAGAACCGUCUCGCACAGAGGGCCUACCGGCGCAACCUCCGGGACAAAAAUACGGAAGUGCAAUUGCUCAAGCAACAACUCCAAAGAUAUCGCGAUUCCAAUGGUGGCAGCCCUGGGUCCCAUUUCAGUCCAUCUCCCUACCAGAGCCCCAGUCCGGUUUGGAUGCCUUCCAACACAAGCAGCUGUGACAGCAGUUUCAACGACCAAUGCCUCCAGAACAACAAAAACAAUGAUAAUGGCAUCCAAGUUUCCGAGGCCAAUAGCGAUCAUCUAUUCCAAAGAUCAGCUGCGAUUCCAGACGCACAUAACAACGAUGCAGUCCAUGACCAUACCAACAACAACAUGGAGUCCGAUCGCUCAGGCUCUAGCCGCUGGACAGACGGUUACAUGUUCAUGGAACCUGACGAACCAAUUCACAGUCCGAAUACAUCACCGGCAGACGACACCCUUUCCAUGGCAAAUUUUCCCUAUACCAACACUGGUAUCAUAGAGUUAGCCCACCCAUGCACGACAGCAAACUAUCACACAAACACAUGGUACGAAACGGGAGAACAAUCAAGGAUACCUAUGACUUCACCUGACUUGGUUCACGAACCAGAGGAAGCUGUGGCAGAAUUCACGUCUUGUGUCCCUCUCGGUGUUUCGGCAAAUCUAGAGCGCCCUGAUUGCGUAGAAGAAAAUUACCACGUGGAAUCUGUCUCUGCCAUGCUCCCAUUCUCGCUGCCGCCAGUUGCAAGCUCCAAGAGGAAACUGGAAGUUCCUGUGGAUUCCAGCGCGUCACUCCUUCAUCUCGCGGUUGCGAGUGGCCAGUUGGAAACAGUGCGACUAAUUAUAAAACACGAGGACCAUUUGACCAUGGAACGAGAUAGCAGGGGCUACACACCUAUUCAGAUUGCGAUUAUGUCUGGACAGACAGAAAUAGUGAAACUGCUCUUAGAACACGAAGGGAGCUCUUAA